AUGAUAGUGGCAUGCAGUGUACCAGCAACGGCGGUCAGUCUUUACCUGAAAAAGGCCUUCAAUCUCCACGCUUCAUUUUUAGCUCUGCCAACACCCGAAAACUUGGCGUCGAGUGGUAAAAAUAGUUUUUUAUUUUUGCUCGGUUCUGAAGUAUUCACUUGUUUUUGGUUCUGCUUCUGGAUUGAGGAACGUCGAUGCCUGUUGUCAUUGUUAACCAAUUCUAAUAUCCACAAUCAACCACUUUCGUCCGUUUCCUAAUAAGCGGACAGCGAAGAAUCCUCGUUUUAUCGAUGUCACCCCACAUAAGCAUAAGCAUAUAACGAGGAACUCGAACACAUCAGAUGUCUCCCUCCUUCUUUUGUACGUCUAUGCCGGUCUCAUCGGUGCGGUUACAGCGGCCGUCGCGGAAUUGUUCUCGAUUAUGGUCCUCCGAAUGCGAAGCCGGUUUGCUACCUUUAUUGCGUCUUUCGACGAAGAAGCCGAUGAUGAGGAAGACUCAG